AGAAGCCACCCCUGCUGCCUCAUUAGAUUCGGUGGUGACGUCACUGGUGGUCAGCUGGUGGAGUGUGAGCGGCGUUGUGCGGGGUGAGUUCAGGAAAGUCACAAGUCUAGUCGCCAUGGGAGGGGCUGUGAGUGCCGGGGAGGACAAUGACGACUUGAUCGAUAACUUGAAAGAGGCUCAGUACAUUCGCACGGAGGAGGUGGAGCAGGCCUUUCGAGCCAUUGACCGGGCCGACUACUACCUGGAAGAAUUUAAGGAGAAUGCCUAUAAGGACUUGGCGUGGAAGCACGGGAACAUUCACCUUUCCGCUCCGUGCAUUUACUCCGAAGUGAUGGAGGCGCUGGAGCUCCAGCCAGGAUUGUCCUUCCUCAACCUGGGCAGUGGGACCGGCUACCUCAGCACAAUGGUUGGGUUAAUCUUGGGACCUUUUGGCAUCAACCAUGGCGUUGAGCUUCACCCAGAUGUCAUUGAAUAUGCCAAGCAAAAAUUGGAACAGUUUGUCCGCACCAGCGACAGCUUUGACAGGUUUGAGUUGUGUGAGCCAUCCUUUGUGGCUGGGAACUGCCUGGACAUCUCUCUGGAGGCCUCGGCCUACGAUCGCGUCUAUUGCGGCGCUGGGGUGCAGAAGGAGCAUGAAGAUUACAUGAAGAAUCUGCUGAAAGUGGGUGGGAUUCUUGUCAUGCCUCUGGAGGAAAAGCUGACAAAGAUCACUCGUACUGGACCUUCAAGCUGGGAAACUGAGAAGAUCUUGGCUGUGUCAUUCGCUCCUCUUGUGCAGCCCGGUAAAUCCGAUACGGGGAAGAGCCAACCUCUCGAUCUCCCCCUGCCAAAUGUGCGCACUCUGCAAGAUCUGACCCGCAUUGCCAUCAGAGGCCGCAUUAAAAAGACCAUCAACCAAGAAACCGGAGCCAGAGGGGGCGGGGUGCUGAAAAGCCAGCCUCGUUACAAGCGCAAACGCCUACGCAGACGCCGAAUGGGGACCAUCGUCUUCCUAGACAAAGAAGUCUUCGCCAGCCAGAUCCCGAACCCUUUCGACGACAACAACAACAACUAUGAAGACACUGAAGCGGACCUAAGGGACGAGGAGGAAAAAGUGGUCUACGACACGAAAGCCGACCCGCCGGUCAACUAUCUCCGAGAGAAAAUCCUCAGCCUUCCUCUGCCGGACCCCCUGAAAAGCUACCUGCUCUAUUACAGAGAGAAGUGAAUGCUGGGUAUGUCUCUGAAAGCCAAAGCCUGAGGACCUGUGAAGGCUUUUGUAGACUCAUCAUCUCCACCCCCCAGACGUGUAUGCACGGAGAUGGCCAUCCUUUCUGGUCUUGUGGAGUCUGACCAAUGUUUUUGCCCGUGUUCUCCUGCCAG